AUGGCGGGCACCAGGCGCGAGACGCCAGGCGCCCGCCGGGGCGCAGCCGGUGGCGAUCGCAGAGCUAAAUCGGUGCAUAAUCUGCGGCUAGCGGCCGGCGAGGCCCGCCUGCAUUUGGUGCCGCGCGGCAUGGAGGUCACAGAGACUAUGCUGAGAAAAGCCAUACUGCUCGACGCGGACGCGGGGGAGGAAGUGAUUGAGGUGAAACGCAGGCCGCAGCCACCCCAGAGCGCCAAC